AUGACUUCAUCAUCAAAUCCAUCUCAAUCAUCGACAACAAGUCCAUUUUAUUAUGCAUGUCGCAAUGGAUUGAUUGAUGUUGUACGAGAAGAAUUACCAAAUAUGACAUUAGACGAAAUUGAUAUGGUCCAAAGCAACGGGUCGACUGCAUUGCACGCAGCAUCUUACUAUGGUCAUACGGAAAUUGUAAAGCUAUUACUAGAAAAAGGUGCUAGACGCUCCAUACAGAAUAGUCAUAAAUGUGUACCCUAUGAUGAGGCGGAAAAAGAAGACAUUAAAAAAUUAUUCAUUCGUCCAUUGAAUCGUUUUUCUAUGGAAGAUUCAGGUCAUAUUGAUUGGAUGAAAUGUGAUGCAGCAGCUGAACAAUUAGCAAAUGAUUAUCGAUUUCGACAUAAAGGCUUUGGAUGGACGCCGAAAAAUAUAGAACAUCGCAUAAAACACAUCAGAGAUGAAAUGUCUCAUACAGAUCAACAGCGUAUUCGUACCUUUCUCAAUCAAGUGCAACAUGAUCCAAAGGCUCUUCUUCGAGCUUAUACAGUCGAAUCAGGUUUCUACGUGAAUUUAAACAAAGAUUUAGCUACGAGACAUUUUGAUCAAGGAACAAAUUUUGGUUUGACCUAUUUUAUUGAUUUUUUUUACAAUCAUCCAGAUUUCGACUCAUUGGCAUUCAAAGGCAAAGUUUAUCGUGGGAUGACUGUAACUCAUGAUGAUCUUAAGGAGUACAUGGUAGGAAAAAAGAUAAUGAAUAAAGCGUUCUUAUCAACAACAACAGAUCGUAAGACAGCUGAAGAAUUCGCAAGAAAUGAAGCAACAAAUCGAGAAAAACAACACGGUGAUCAAGUGAAAUUGUCUGCUCUAUGCACAUUUGAAAUUAUUAAUCAUCGGACGGGAUUGAAUAUUGAAAGUUUAUCCGAAUAUCAACAUGAAAAGGAAGUUCUAGUUGGUCCAUACACAGCAUUUUUUAUUACGGCAGUACGUCGACUUGCUCCUAAUUAUGCUGAAAUUGAUCUUCGCGAAUGUGAAACAGUAAAAGAAGAAGACGACGACGACGAUGAUUAG